AUGUGUAUAAAAAUAGAAAUCUAUGAAUGUGAUUCAGGAAAUGCUUUGCAAUCCCUUUCAAAUCGCAUUAUACCAACAAUGGAAGACGGCAAUUAUCUGACUUCUCCAUUGGGUUUAUUUUUUACACUAUGUACACUGCUCGGUUCAGGUGGAGCUAAAAGUAAUACAGGUCUACAAAUUGCUAAAGCAUUACACAUACAAUCUUGUCAACUUGUUCAAGAUGACACCAGUUUAGAAGGUUGUGCAGUGCAAGCUACACUUUUAUAUUCUUCAGUGUUGAAUUCAUUAACUAAGGAAGUUACAGAAAUUGAUGCAGACAAGAGAAAAGUGAUAACUGUGGCUCAUGGGAUAUUUAUUAGGGAGAAUUCGCAGGUUGGAGAAGAAUUUCAACGUCAAUUAAUGGACAGCUUUCAUCAAAGAGUUUAUAAGGUCAACUUUGCAGAUCAAAAUUCAACUAUGAAGUCAAUCAAUGAAUGGGUUGAGAAUAAAACAAAUGGUUUGAUACCACAAUUUUUCAACACUCCUGAAGAAGUUAUACCAAACUCUUUUUUGAGUUUAUUUAGUGUCUUUCAUUUCAAAGAUGUUUGGGAGGUACCAUUUAUGAAUGAUUUCACUGAGCUUGCAACUUUUGAGGUUUCUUUACAACGACAGAUUCAGGUGAAUUUAAUGUCCAAUGAAGAAGAACUUGAUUAUGGUGAUUUCACAUCUGAAGGCUUUCAAAUGAUAAGUAAAUCUCUUAAAAAUACAAGGUUCACUUUCAUUGCAAUUCUACCAAAGAUCAAGUGGAACAUUCAAAGUAUAUCUGGAUUUCUUAAUGGAAGUAUGUCGUUAGAACAAUAUAUUAAAAAACUAGAAAAUAAUAUGGUUUCACUGAAAUUGCCUCGCUUCUCUUUGGAGUCAACAUCAAAUUUAAUUGAAGUACUUAAAAGUAUUGGUGUAACAGAUCUUUUUUCACCUGAUAAAGCUGAUUUAUCUGGAAUAACAGGUGAACGAAAUAUUUAUGUGACAAAUUUUCAACAGAAAAAUAUUAUUCGUGUAGAUGAAAUUGGCAUUGCCGCUGGUUCAGUCGCCAACAUGGUGAUGAUACCAUUGUCUGCAGCCAGAAAUCCAAUAGAAUUUCAUGCAACACAUCCAUUUAUAUGCUUUGUGUACGAUAGACAGUUAAAAAUCUCAUUAUUCACUGCUUAUGUGGCUGAGCCAUCGGAGUAG